AUUCACAUCUCUUUUUCCUCUCCUCAUCACUCCACUCAUCAGCACUCAUCUCUCACCAUGGCCCUCCGUCUUUUGACCAAGAGCUCCUCGGUCGCCGCCGUGCGCCCCAUGCUCGCUGCCCAGCGCUCCAGCGCCUCUGCUGCCAUCCGUCACAUGACUACCUCGACUGAAGAGAAGCAAGUUUCCCCUGAGAACAAGGCUCAGAGCAUCAUCGACUCGCUUCCCGGCAACUCAUUGCUUUCCAAGACCGCCUACGUCACCGCCCUUACUGGUGCUGCCACCUACUUGAUUUCCAAGGAGAUUUACGUCUUCAACGAGGAAUCCUUGGUCCUUUUGGCUUUCGCUGCCACUUUCGGUGGAAUUGUGAAGUCUGCUCGUGAGCCCUUCAAUGAGUGGGCUGAUGGCCACAUCAACAAGAUCCGCUCUGUUCUUCAGAAGGCCCGUGUUGACCACAAGGCUGCUGUUGAGGAGCGCAUCGAUCAGGUUGGCCAGAUGAAGGACGUUGUUGAUGUCACCAAGGCUCUGUAUGCUCUCUCCAAGGAGACUGCCAAGCUCGAGGCUGAGGCCUUUGAGCUCAAGCAGAAGACUGCUUUGACUUCUGAGAUCAAGUCUGUCCUUGACUCUUGGGUCCGUUAUGAGACCUCGGUCCGUGAGCGUGAGCAGAGCAAGCUUGUUGCUUACAUGAUCGAGAAGAUCAAGGCUGAUCUUCAGGAUCCCAAAUUGCAGUCCAAGAUCUUGGAAGAGUCUAUCAGUCAGGUUGAGAAGAUUGCUUCCUCCAAGGCUUAAUUAAAUACAAAGUUUUGAUUUCUUUUCCUUUUACAUUUUUCGUGCGUAGUGAAAAAAGAAAGAUAAAGAAAAAGAAGGGUGUCCUCUCUUUUUUGUUUUUAAUUGUUACGCGCCACUCUUCCCUCCUCCCUUCUCUAUCAAAUACAGAGCUCC